UCAGAAUUGAAGGAAGCUAAAACGUAUCAAGUUUCAACAGCAUCUAUCCCAAGGAAAAAGUCAUGUGCAAGAUAAGACAGUGGGAUAGAUUAGGACUGGCACUAUUUUCUUUUGCCAGCCUACAGGUGAGCAUUGCUUUUCCAAAUUCAUCUCCAUUGAUUAGUGCUGGCUGGGGCAAUCCUGAUAGGCUUAUGCACCUGUACACAGCCACUGAGUGGAACAGCUUCCACCUGCAGAUUAACCAUGAUGGGCACAUAGACGGAGCACCUCAGCAAACCAUAUACAGUGCAUUAAUGAUAAAAUCAGAAUCGGCUGGUCAUGUGGCUAUAACAGGUGUCAAAAGUGGGCGUUACUUGUGCAUGGAUAACAAUGGGAAUGUAUUUGGAUCGCAUUACUUCAUUCCUGAUGACUGCAUAUUUAAACAUGAGAGUCUUGAAAAUGGAUGUGAUGUUUACCAUUCACCAAAAUACAACUACCUGAUCAGUCUGAAGAAACCAAAGCGUCGCUUUUACCCUGGCAUGAACUUGCCUCCAUAUUCUCAGUUCUUAUCUUUGAAGAAUGAAAUACCCAUAACCCGAUUUAAUACCCCAGAGCCAAACAGGCACACCAGAAGUUUAGACAAUCCUUCUGACCCACAUAGUAUUAUCAUUACUCCAGAGAAGAAUCAUUUUAAUCACCCACCCCCUCCCCCACCUCCAAUAUUCCAAGAUGUCUGGUUUCAACUUCCUGAACUCUCAAGACCUAGCUAUAAUGAAAAGGUAAAUCCAGAUGACCCAAACAAUAUUGUCAUCUCCAGAAAACCGCAACGCAGUUUUAUAUAUCAAAGGUAAUCAAACAUAUGUAACAGCAAUCUAUAUGGUAGAUUCUAUUCUAUUUUAAAAGCAAGUCAUGGUUUAUCCACUAGUAUUCACAGAGACUUUUACAGUGUUUUUUUGCAGAACAAAAGUAGAGCUACGCUUUUCAACUGAAAUAGAAUAGACCCAACAGUUAACAGACACGGCCAAUUACAAGCCUAAUCAUGAUUCACUCAUCCAAACAUAGUCUUGUUAAAUAGAGCACACUGCACACAUCAUAUUUUGCCUAAACAAGCCUUUUAACAGUUGUUAAUGAGGUCUACUGCAAACAUUUUUAUUCUUAGCUCUUCAGAGUAUAGUUUUGCACUGUUAAAAAUUGUCAUGAUGUGACAAAAAUCAAAAUUGAUAUUUUAUAUCAAUAAUAUUUUAUUUAAGUUGACUGCAAUUUUAUUGUGGACAAACUGGGAGUUUAUAUGCAUUCUGACAUAAGAAAAAUAUAUUUUUAGUCUUUAUGAAUAUUUCUUAGUUAUAAUUUCAUUCAAAAAUAUAAUAUAUAGCCAUUUGCAAGAGCAGAAUUAACUUUAUUUAUACUUCUAACUAACAAUUUAUUGCUAAGGAUUAAAUAACGUCUUACAUCAGGGAUACAUUGUGUUUAUUUUUAAUUCAUUUAAAAAGAUUAAAGCAGAUCAGAAGAUUUUUUUAAAAUGCAAACACCCAUCCUGCUUGCCAGACACUAGACUUGUGAUGGCGAAACUUGGCACUCCAGAACUACAUUUCCCAUGAUGCUUAGGCACUCUGAAGUCCAAUCAAGCAUCAUGAGAAAUGUAGUUCUGAAACAUCUGGAGUGCCAAGGUUUGCCAUCACUGCCCUAGACUGACCACUCUUAUUGAUCUUUUAAAGGGAGAUUAAAGUGUAUAAGAAAAUGCUCUAAUGUGUUAGAGCAUUUUAUUUUUGCAAAGAAUCUUGCAUAUAAAUAUGUAUUUUACCCCUGCAAAAGGAUUAAACACAUAGUUAAAGUCAGUUCCAGGGGGGCAAUGCAUUACUGGGACCUAGGUCCUAGCUAACAACAUCUGUUGAAUCAAUGAUAAAAGGCAGAUGUGUUAAGCACAAAUCACCAGCUAGCUCCCAUUAGCACAUUGCUGUUUCUGAGCCUACCUAGAUAUGCUUUUAAAAACAGCAUAUUAAGAAAAUCUGAUGAAGUGAAUUAAAUAUAGUAUUCUCUGUCUGAAGCAUGACAUUUUAAUGUUGGCUUCUAUUUCCUGGUCAUCAGUAAUAAAACACUAGUUUGAAUUAAUAGUUGUGCAGACUCAAACUGCUUCAACAUGUUUAGCAACUUAAAAUGAAAACACAAUUUUCAAGGGGCCACUCUGCAGUUUACCAUGCUAAAUAAUAGAUAAUAAUACAUCAUUUCCUUAUCUUUAGACAGUACAUACAUAGCUAUAUAGUACAUAGCUAUAUUGUUUCUGCUAAAGAUAACUAACGUGUUCAGUUCUGCUCUUUAAUCAAUACUUUCCAAAAACAUAUACGCUAAUCGAGAAAAGGGUGUAUAUGAAAAGCACUUGAAAAGUUCACUUUAACUGCACUUCGUUUAAGAAAAAACAAAGAUCCCAGUGCCUUUUAUAAUAAAAAAAAAAUUGCAUAUUUAUUGAAUAUUUAUCUAUAAUAUUAGUGUUGUUAUAAUGAUUUGGAGAGUGUUAAUAUAAAAGCUGUAUUGUGUUAAACUUGUUUAGGGAUGUGUGAGAUUUUACUUAAAGGAAUGAACAUUGACUAAACCUACAGAAAUGUUUUAAAAGAGACUUAUUAAUUAUAAUGUAAUACUAUGUCAAGAAAACAUUAUGAAUUUGUACUUAUGUAAAAUAAAUUCUUCCUAAUUCUUAAUUUCCAGGUUGUAGUUUGAUCACAUGAUCUGCUAGCACCAGUAGCAAUCUGUUAUACACAGCUCCAUCCCAAAGUAACUUUAUUUCCCUUGUUAAAAUAAUAUGACAGUCAUUUUUAUAUGUAUCAGGUAUGAGGAAUUAAGCAGGGGGUAAGAACCUGAAUGCAAAAUAAUAGUUUUUUUUUUUAACAUUUUGCACUUCAGUGACAUCCACCUGAAAAUGCUCAUGUAUAUUUAUCUUAUAUCCCAUGUUGUGGAGUUUGCAAAAUGUACUCCAGCCUUUUCUAUUGGUAGUGUUAAAAACAAACAAAAAGCAGGGGGGGAUAAUGAAAUAUUAUU